CUUUGUCGUUAUCUUGUGCCUACCUAACAUCUUGCCAACUCUCAGGAUUUUGUUCUAACGAGAUCCGAGACCAGUCUCGACCACAUACGGCGUCUCUGUCUGAGCAGGAUUUUCUGGUGAAACAUUAAUCAUGCCAAAGGUUGUCUCUCGUUCAGCGGUAUCCUCAUCCACGGAUGCACGACCAACGGCAUCAGCCGCAGCUGCUCUCAGGGUGUACUAUUGUAUCUGUGGCGAGUUCAUCCUCGUAAUCGAAAGAAGCCUUUCGGCGCUCCCAAAGCGCCAGACUGAUGGUGCUACCAUCAUUCGCUGUCAGGAUAGCGGUACAGAAAAUGCAAUCGUUCUCAAAUUAAAUGCUAUAUCGACCGAUCCCGUUCUAGUCGAAAGGCCAGAGGGACAUGAGCGCCAGUACAGAUUCUCAUGUCCGCGGUGCAACUUAUUGGUCGGAUAUCAAACCACCCCGCCUCCUGUCAAAUCUGGUCCAUAUCUGUAUAUCCUCAGGGGAGCCCUUACGCAGAUGCAAGGCCAAGUUCCCAAGGACGCUUUUGAUGGCGAAGCUACCCUGGACCCUUCAGAAGAAUAGCGUGGCCGCGCCGCCGAAUUGAAUAUCACCUCAGUACACGCAUAGAUAACAAUAGCAAUAUCUUUCGAACAGUAAUAAUACAGCAUGGGUAUAUAGGGUCUACGGACAUGGCCAUUAAAUGCGGUGCAGAGCUGUUAGUAGCGAGUGGCAUUUAUGACAGCCGAUCACUGAUGUUUGAUAUCGUGAGCAAUCGAAAAGGUACCUGAGAAUUAUUGUUAGUGAUACGUCUUGAUAGAGUAAAUUGGACGGAGUAAAAGCGGCUCAGCUACCGUUGUAGAAAAAACUCACAAUCCAUGCAUCCAAUGGACGCACAGAUUCAUACAGUGUGAAUAAAUAUGUCAUCACCACCGCAGAAACAAGAGAAAAGCAAUACAUGUAACUGUAAACUCACCAUUGGCGCCAGUUGCAUCUUCCGCCAUAGACACUGUGGGUUGAU